AUGCCCCUCUUUCCCCUCCGUCGUAUCCCAGUGUCCCUGGCAAAAGGUUCUCUGCUGGCUCGCUUUCCUCCCAAGUCCAUUUGUCCUCCGGCUUGUUCGCGCUUCUACUACGGGUACAUCAGUGAUUCCAAAAUGGCACCGCAGUUGGAACCCUUCUUCAAGCAGUUGAGUCCCCCAUCUCCUCUCGGUCUGCGAAAGGCAGUUGCGAUUCCGUCGAUCUCGGCACAGGAUGAGAACAGAAAGGAUGUGUUUCGUAUGGGACAAUUUCUGGCCUCAGAGCUCGAAGCGCUAGGUGCGGAGGUGCACCAGCAACCACUUGGCAAGCAGCCGGGGAAGGAACAUCUCGACUUGCCUCCAGUCGUCAUCGCGCGGUAUGGCAAUGACAAGAACAAGCGCACCAUCUUGGUCUACGGACAUUACGACGUGCAACCGGCUCUGAAGGAAGACGGCUGGGCCACGGAGCCAUUCGAGUUGAACAUCGAUGAGAAGGGUCGGAUGUACGGCCGUGGCUCCACGGAUGACAAGGGUCCCGUUCUGGGCUGGAUCAAUGUGAUCGAGGCCCAUCGGAAGGCAGGCGUGGAAUUGCCCGUCAACCUGCUUUGCUGCUUUGAGGGCAUGGAGGAGUAUGGGUCAGAGGGUCUGGAUGAGUUCAUUGAGGCUGAGAGCAAGAAAUUUUUCAAGGAUGCGGACGCGGUCUGCAUUUCCGACAACUACUGGCUUGGUACCGAGAAGCCUUGUUUGACCUAUGGCCUGCGUGGCUGUAACUACUACUCCAUCAGCGUCUCAGGCCCCGCGCAAGAUCUGCACAGUGGUGUCUUUGGCGGCUCUGCCCAUGAGCCCAUGACGGAUCUGGUGAAUGUUCUGUCGAAACUGGUUGAUUCUCAAGGCAACAUCUUGAUCCCUGGUAUUAUGGACCUCGUGGAGCCCCUGACCGAGGAAGAGAAGUCGCUAUAUGGCAACAUCAGCUACACCAUGGACAACCUACAUGAAUCAUUGGGGAGCGAGACCGGUAUCCAUCCGACCAAAGAGCGGACUCUCAUGGCCCGAUGGAGGUACCCGUCCUUGUCUAUCCACGGGGUUGAAGGCGCGUACUCGGCACCGGGAGCCAAGACGGUCAUCCCCGCGAAAGUGGUCGGCAAGUUUUCCAUCCGUACCGUGCCGAAUAUGGAGAGCCCCGACGUGAACAAGCUGGUCUUCGACUACAUCAAGGCCGAGUUCGCCAAGCUGAACAGCAAGAACACCCUGGACGUGUGGCUCCAACAUGACGGCAAGUGGUGGGUUGCCAGUCCCAAGCACUGGAACUUCACCGCCGCCAGUAAGGCUGUGGAGCAGGUCUUUGGAGUUGAGCCGGAUAUGACUCGGGAAGGUGGCAGGUAUGUUGGAAUCCAUCUUCUUAUCUUCUUCCCUUUGUCUUUAACCCUGAGUGCUUUCUUACCGGAGCACCUCCCCGCUAACGGAAUCGACAGUAUUCCGGUCACCCUGACCUUCGAACAAGCCACCGGCAAGAAUGUCCUGCUUCUUCCCAUGGGAAGCUCGACCGAUGCUGCUCACUCCAUCAAUGAAAAGCUUGACCGCCGGAACUAUAUCGAGGGUAUUAAGCUGCUGGGCGCCUAUCUUCACUAUGUGGCGGAGGAACCCAUCACGGCAUAA